GGCCGGCCCGGACGGGGCGGGGCUGCAAACUUCUGUGCCUCACUGUCUCUGGACACUGAGGGACACCGGGCAGGCGGCUGGCACCAUGAAGAUCUGGACUUCGGAGCACGUCUUUGACCAUCCAUGGGAAACAGUUACUACAGCUGCAAUGCAGAAAUACCCAAACCCCAUGAACCCGAGCGUGGUUGGCGUUGAUGUGCUGGACAGACAUGUCGAUCCCUCUGGAAAGUUGCACAGCCACAGACUGCUCAGCACGGAGUGGGGCCUGCCUUCCAUUGUGAAGUCUCUUAUUGGUGCAGCAAGAACGAAAACAUACGUGCAAGAGCAUUCUGUAGUUGACCCGAUAAGAAGGACGAUGGAGCUCAAGUCCACCAACAUCUCAUUUACAAAUAUGGUCUCAGUGGACGAGAGGCUCACUUACAAGCCACAUCCUCAGGACCCAGAGAAAACUGUCUUAACCCAGGAAGCCCUCAUCACUGUGAAGGGGGUCAGCCUUAGCAGCUACCUUGAAGGACUCAUGGCAAGCACCAUAUCUUCCAAUGCUAACAAAGGCCGAGAAGCAAUGGAGUGGGUGAUACAUAAACUGAACGCUGAGAUUGAAGAGUUGGCAGCAUCAGCAAGAGGAAGCAUAAGGACACCAAUGGCGGCGGCGGCAGCAUUAGUGGACAAAUGACAGUGGAAAUUGGUGUGCAGCCUCGGGGCCCCAGGACUCUCAAGCUGGCAUCAUAUCAUUUGUUAUUUAAAAGACAAUUAUUUUAGGUAGUUUUUUUUUGUUUUGUUUUGUUUUUUUUAUGAGCUGGGGUAAAGCUGUGACUUUGGAUCAAAACAAAAGAUCCAGAGCUUCUAAAUCAAAGGGAUCCUCUGAGGCUAGGACUGAGAGGACUGACUGGGAGAGGCUGUGUUCAUGUGAACAGUUAAUGGGUUUGUU